UGUUUAAAAUAUCAUUAACAAUGAGUGCAGUUUAGAUUUAUAAUAAAUCAAUGAAAAACAAGAUGGAUUUAAUUCGGUUCGCUUGUUUUAUUUUCUUGCUAGUAAUUGGUGUUUCGACCGAUGACUUUUUGUACGAAAAAUUUCCGUCCAGCUUUCGAUGGGGCGUGGCUACGCGCGAAUAUUACCCUGGAAAUAGUAUAAAGAACAGCGAGGAGGCGAACAAACAGCUACGAGAGGACAUAUCAUCGUUAAAAGAAUUAGGGGUGACAAGUUUCAAAUUCGCCCUUGAUUGGUCACUCUUGGCACCAAAUGCGACAACUUUGCAACCCUCGGCAGUAUAUUUCUAUCAAAAUGCAACCUCCGAGCUAGUGAAAUCGUCAAUAACCCCUCACAUAACAGUGUUUGAUGAAUCGUUUGCGAAGACUAUCAGCGGAUGGGCUUCUCCAGGUAUCGACGAAUCUGCAUGCACCCGUGGGCAGCGAAUUGUGAACGAGUUUCCUUUAAAAACGGACAUCACGUGGAUAACAUUUUCUGACCCGAUAUCCUUAGCAGCGAUGAGCUACGGGGAAGAUACCCAGCAGUAUUAUCAGGCGGUACAUAACAUGAUUCUGACACAUGCCUGUCUGUCCGUGUACAUCAAGUCACGCAACGGAACGGUUGGCUUAGACCUGCAAGCUAACUUUUACAAAGCCAAGAACCCAGAUGUUUCUGGGUCGGACGACGCAGUCAAUAGAGCCCAACAGUAUGGCAUGGCUUUGUUUGCCGAGCCGAUUUUCGGCAAUACCGGAGAUUACUCACCUACAAUGAAAAAUAUUCUGGGCUCAAAACUCCCAAUUUUCACAGCUUCCCAGAAAACCAAUUCUAGAGGAAGUGCUGACUUUUUGGGUGUGAUUCACUACAAUACCUUUCUCGUCAAAAGUGACGAUUCCAAGUCAAACUCCCGUGGAUUCCAGCUCUCCCGUGACCAAUCAACGUUACGAAAAGAUACCUACUUUUACCCGGAAGGAUUAUUUCACGUGUUGACACAGCUGUCCGCUAAAUAUCCGUCUUUGGACAUGUACGUGUCUGAGACAGGUGUUGCGAUGAAGGACGAGGGAGUCGGAGAUAGAAUGCGUGUGGAAUGGGUCAGAGAGUAUGCGAACCAAGUGUUGAAGGCAAUGCUGCAUGGUAACGCAACCUUGGUGAAAGGCUUCAAUGUUCGGGAUUUAACGUCUCACAACUAUGGAGUUUUUAAGAUGGAUGGUAACUUAAGGCAUAAGAAAACAUCAGCAGUCCUUUAUAAACAGAUCAUCAAAGAUGGCGGUUUCGAGCGAGGUUAUUGCGGACCAGGCGGAUUUCCGAGUGGGCGAAUCGAGCACGUGGACGGGAUAUACUAUGACAUGUUUCCUGAGGACUUUGCCUGGAGCUCUGCUACAUCAGCCUACCAGAUCGAGGGAGGUUGGAACGAAGACGGCAAGGGAAUGAGCAUUUGGGAUGAACAUGCGAACACGCCAGGGAAGGUGCUUAACAGCGAUAACGGGAAAGUUGCCUGUGACUCCUACCACAAGUAUAUGGAUGACGUCAAGAUUCUGAAAGACCUAGGGACAAAAUAUUACCGAUUUUCUAUCGCUUGGACUCGUCUCAUGCCAGAUGGUACUAACAAGACUAUAAACGAGAAAGGAAUCGCCUAUUAUAAUGAACUCAUUGAUGCUCUCAAGGAUGCAGGUAUUGAGCCGAUGGUGACUCUCUACCACUGGGACUUGCCCCUUCACCUUCAGAAAGAGAAUGGCGGCUGGCUUAACCAGUCUACAACUGAACACUUCGAACAAUAUGCCAAGCUCUGUUAUGAAAGAUUUGGAGAUAGGGUAAAAAUCUGGAUCACAUUCAAUGAGCCCUGGAUAGUCGCUUACCUCGGGUAUGGCGUAGCGUCCUUUCCGCCACAGAUUUGGUCGCCAGGAGAGAACGUAUACAUUGCUACACACAAUAUCAUACGGGCGCAUGCGAAGGCGUAUCGAGCGUACCCGAAGGAACAAAAUGGUCGAGUCGGUAUAACACUGAAUGUUGGCUGGUCUGAACCGUUCGACAUGUUUAACCCCGAUGACCUUGAAGCUUCCGACAGGGAUAUCAACUUCAACCUUGGUUGGUUCGCCCAUCCCAUCUAUGUGAACGGAGAUUAUCCAGAGGUCAUGAAAAUAAAUGUGGCUGAGAAGAGCAAAAUCCAAGGCUACAAUAAGUCUAGGCUGCCAGAAUUCACAUUUCAGGAGAAAAUUUUCAUCAACGGUACCUUUGAUUUCCUUGGUCUAAACUUCUACUCGUCUAGUGUGAUAACGUCUGACAAGAAAACGGACGAACAAGGUAGCUUUGACGACGACAAGGAUAUCCGCGGUGCUGGGACACAGGACUGGAUAGGAUCUGGAUCGGACUGGCUACGAGUUACUCCCUUUGGGAUGCGUAAGAUUCUCAACUGGUUGAAGAAGGAAUACAAUAACGUCCCGGUUUACGUGACAGAAAACGGCAUCUCGGACAGAAACGGAACGCUCAGGGAUUAUCACCGAAUUCAUUACUACAGAACGUACAUCAACGAAAUGCUCAAGGCUAUCAAGUUGGAUGGAUGUAACGUGCAGGGUUAUACUGCUUGGUCGCUGAUGGAUAACUUUGAAUGGGGCGUUGGGUAUGCAGAGAAGUUUGGGUUACAUUACGUAGACUUCAAAGAUCCAACAAGAACCAGAGUACCAAAGGGAUCAGCGUAUUGGUACAAACAGAUUGUUGCGGAACAUGGCUACCAAGUCGGAUACCCAGCCAUUGGAGGACGAGGCACAGCUCCGGACUAUGUCGGCAAAUUUCUGAAGGGCAAAUUUCCCACAGGUUUUAUGUGGGGUGCGGCAACAUCUGCGUAUCAAGUAGAAGGCGCUUGGAAUCAGGGGGGUAAAGGGCCGAGUGUGUGGGAUACAUUUAGCCGAAUGCCGGGCACAAUUUUGGAAAAUGAAAAUGCAGAUAUAGCCGCCGAUAGCUAUAAGCAUUAUAAAGACGACGUCCAACUUCUUCGUCACCUAGGGGUUUCAUUCUACAGAUUUUCAAUCUCUUGGACUCGCAUCUUUCCUAAAGGCAGAGGCCAAUCUGCAAAUAUCAACGGCAUAAACUAUUACAACAAUCUUAUUGACGAGCUUUUAAAAUGGAAUAUCCAACCGGUAGUAACAUUGUAUCAGUGGGACCUGCCGCAAACUUUGCAAGAUCAAGGAGGAUGGCUUAAUGCAACAACUGUGGACGCUUUUAUUGCAUAUGCUGAGGAAUGCUUCUCUCAAUUUGGUAGUAAGGUAAAGAUUUGGCUGACCAUUAAUGAUCCAUACGCAGUAAGUACCCUCGGAUAUCCUGAUGGCUAUCAAGGCCCAGGUUACCAAGCAACUACAAGGUUUAGCCAAGACUCAUUCCAAAGGGCUCACAACCUUUUGAAAGCCCACUCAAAAGUGUACCGAUUGUAUAAACGGAAACAUGCUGACACACAACAGGGUAAGAUAAGUAUUUCUCUGUUUGGUGAUUGGCAUGAGCCUAAAGAUGAAUUCCGGCCAGAUGACUGGGAAGCCUCAGAACAAGCAAUGCAAGGAAGCCUCGGGUGGUUUGCUAGUCCUCUAUUUGGAGGGGAGGGAGAUUAUCCAGAGAUGCUAAAAAAAUCUAUCGCGGAUCGAAGUAUUGCUGCUGGUUUGCAAUCUUCAUUGUUACCGGAAUUUACAGACGCUGAAAAAGCCGAACUGAACGGCUCAGCAGAUUUCUUCGCUUUGAACGUUUACUCAACUGCUGAAUGUACUUUGGUCUCAAACAAAAUGCAGUGCUCUUCUAACCCAAAAUGGAAAGGAUCCGGGUCACCUUGGCAAAAGGUGGUACCAUGGGGAAUGAGGAAAACUCUUAACUGGGUGAAACAUUCAUAUGGUGAUACGCCCAUUUAUAUAAUGGCAAACGGUGUCUCUGGUGUUGACAAAUCAACAAACGACACUGACAGAAUUAUGUUCUUGGAACAAACCGUUGAUGAAGUUUUAAAAGCCAUUGUGUUAGACAAUGUUGUCGUUCAUGCUUACACGGCCUGGUCGCUGAUUGAUCAGUUUGAAUGGAACAAUGGCUUUAAUGAGUCGUUUGGACUUUUCGCUGUUGAUUUUAAGGACCCCAACCGAAAGCGAACUGCUAGGCGAUCUGCAGUAUUUUACAGGAACAUCAUAGCAAACAACGGUUUUAAGACAGACAUACCUAGCCCGGAUGAAGUCAUUUGGGGCAAGUUUGCUGACGAUUUCCAGUGGGCGACCGGAACCGCUGCUUACCAAGUAGAAGGCGGUGAAGGAGGUCGUGGCGCCACUAUUUGGGACACAUUUUCACGCGUACCGGGCAAGAUAUCAGACAAUUCAAAUGGAGACAUCGCAGCCGACUUUUACAACCACUACCGGGAAGACAUAAGGCGCCUUGAAGCACUCAAAGUAAAAACAUACCAUUUCUCGAUAUCAUGGGCUCGAAUCUAUCCACAAGGAAGUGGGAACACGAGCCAGGCAGGUGUAAACUUUUACAACAACCUCCUCGAUGCUCUGACAGAUGCUGGAAUACAGCCUAUGGUGACGCUAUUCUACUGGGACCUACCGCAAACGCUUCAGGAUAAUGGCGGCUGGGAGCAGGCUUCCACCGUAGAUGCGUUUGUGGCUUAUGCUGAGACCUGCUUCCGGUUGUUUGGAGACAGGGUGAAACGAUGGCUGACUGUCAACCAACCUGGUGUUUUCGCAAGGCUAGGUUAUGAUACCGGAAGUUUUGCCCCCGGUAUUCAAAGCAAUGGCACAAAGGUUUACAUAGUUGCUCAUAACUUGAUUAAAGCCCAUGCGAUGGCCUACAGGAAAUAUGAAACCACAUUCAAAGCAUCCCAGCACGGUGAGGUCGGUCUAGCACUCGAUGCAGCAUGGUGGGAACCUAAAAAUCGUGAUGAUCCUAUGGACUGGAAUGCUGCCCAACGUGGGCUUGAAUUUCACGUUGGCUGGUUUGCUGACCCAAUACUUAUCGACGGUGACUAUCCACAAGUGAUGAGGAAAGCCAUUGACAGUCGAGGGGCUGGGCGAUUGCCAACGUUUAAUGAGAAUGAGAAACGGAUGAUAAAAGGUUCCGCAGAUUACAUAGGAGUAGCUCAUUCCUCGUCAUUUCUGGGUUUUCACAAGGAGUGUAGUAUAGGCGAGCUUAAUAUAAUGUGCGAUAUGGAAGUUGGCACAGAAACUAACCCUUUGUGGCCAAGCUCAGGUACCGAAUAUAUGAGUGUGUACCCCAAAGGAAUGCGUUACAUUCUGAAUUACAUAAAGGACAGAUAUGAUAAUGUACCGGUGUUUAUCACUCACAAUGUAAUGUCGGAUAGCUCUGGCACACUACGAGAUCAGCACAGAAUCGACGUCAUGUCUGCAUAUAUCAACGAAUUAUUUAAAGCGUCCAAACUUGACGGCUGUAAUGUUCUUGGAUACACUUGGUGGUCUUUUCUCGACGGGUUUGAAUGGACGAGUGGAUACAGUGAAAAGGCCGGACUGUACAAAGUCGACUUCACGGACACAAGUAGAACGCGGACACCAAGAGAUUCAGCCUAUUGGUACAGAUCACUGAUAGAGCAGAAUGGCUUUCUGAAUUCUACCAAAAGUUAUGACGACGAUUUUUACUACGGUACCUUUCCGGACGACUUUUCGUGGUCUGCAGCCACGGCCGCGUAUCAGGUGGAGGGAGGCGUUAAGGACGGAGGUCGUGGGGACAGCAUCUGGGAUGUGUUUUCACACACAACUGGCAAAGUUUUAAAUGGUGACACUGGAGAUGUGGCCGAUGACAGUUACCAUAAGUUUCCAGAAGACAUUAACCUCCUUAGAGCUUUAAAGGUCAGUCAUUACCGUUUUUCCAUUGCGUGGCCACGUAUAUUUCCGAAUGGAACUGGAAUAGUACCAAAUUGGGAAGGAGUAGAUUAUUAUAACAGACUUAUCAACAUGCUCCUGGAAGCCAAUAUUGUGCCAAUGAUUACACUUUAUCACUGGGACCUUCCCCAGAUAAUACAGGAUGAAAUUGGUGGUUGGCCAGACAGAAGAACGGCUGACUUGUUUGUAAAGUACGCUGACGUAUGCUUUAAGGAGUUCGGGGAUAGGGUAAAGUUUUGGAUCACGAUAAAUGAGCCGUGGGUCGUAGCGUUCCUCGGAUAUGGCAAUGGAGAGGAUGCACCUGGCAUUGCACAAUCAGGAACUUUAGAUUACGAAGCCGCCCAUACCCUACUUCUUGCGCAUGCGCGUGCGUAUCGACUGUAUGAAAGAAAAUACAAGGCUACACAGAAAGGUAAAGUUGGAAUAACGCUGAACUGUGAUUUUGCUGUACCAAAGGAUCCUAAAAAUCCUCUGGACAUAGAAGCCGUGGAGAGGCGCCUGCAGUUCCAUUUGGGCUGGUUUGCAAAUCCUGUCUACGGGGAUGGCGAUUAUCCAAGUAUAAUGCGUCGUCAAAUUGAUAAAAAAAAUCGAGAACUGAACAUCACGAUACCGAGACUACCUCACUUUACGGAGAGCGAAAAACAAUUGGUCAAAGGUUCCUUCGAUUUCUUCGGCAUCAACCAGUACACAGCCGCUCGCGUAGCUGACGCUCAAUUAAAGGCAGACGGCACGUACUACAAUGAUAUGGACAUAGAAAGUGACCAAGAUCCGUCUUGGAAAGGGUCUGGGUCGUCAUGGUUGUUCGUGACUCCUUUUUCACUUCGUGGAAUGGUAAACUGGAUAAAAGAUCACUACGGCGAUGUUCCUAUCUAUGUCACUGAAAAUGGUCUGUCAGACUUCAAUGGAACCCUGAUGGAUGGCCAUAGGGUUUCCUAUUACCGUGAAUAUAUCAAUGGGUUAUUAAAAGCUGUUGUAUUUGACAAUGUCAACGUAAAGGGUUAUACGGCGUGGUCUCUAAUGGACAAUUUUGAGUGGUCAAAAGGUUACACGGAGAAGUUCGGAAUUCACUAUGUUGACAUGAAUGAUCCUGAACGGCCACGAACGCCAAAACAGUCGGCCGCGUUCUAUCGGGAGACCAUUUUAAGGAACGGGUUCCCAGAGCAUCCAGUGUCUACAGACCAAAGUUUCUUAGAUGAGUUCUUGUAUGGGAGUUUUCCAGAGGACUUUGCCUGGAGCGUUGCUACAGCUUCUUACCAAGUAGAAGGAGGAUGGAACGAAGACGGGAAAGGGGAGAGUAUUUGGGACUAUUUUUCACACUCACAUCUUAUUUUAAACAACGACACCGGAGAUAUUGCCUGCGAUACGUACCACAAGUUUAGGGAAGACAUUGCUUUGCUGAAAAAUCUCAAGGUUAACCACUACAGGUUUUCCAUAUCAUGGCCGAGAAUACUGCCGGAUGGAACCAAGAGAAACAUCAACGAGAUAGGUAUUGCGUAUUACAACGAACUGAUCAACGCGUUGUUAGAUGCGGGCAUACAACCUAUGGUCACAAUGAAUCACUGGGACUCGCCGUUGACCCUGGAAAGACUAGGGGGAUGGACCAAUGAUAGCAUUGUAGACAUCUUCACAGACUACGCCGAUGUUUUGUUUGACAACUUUGGCGAUCGAGUUAAAAUUUGGGUCACACACAAUGAGCCAUGGGUUGUAGCUCACCAUGGAUAUGAAACGGCCGAGAAUGCCCCAGGCCACACACAUCAAGGCUAUAAGGCUGCGUACAAUAUGAUUAGAGCUCAUGGAAAAGUCUACAAGCUUUACAAAGAGAAAUACAGAAACUUACAGAAAGGAAUGGUUGGCAUUGUUUUAAGUCAUACGAACGGAGAGCCAAUGGACAAGACCAGCUUGUCUGACAUUGAAGCAGCUGAAACUUUCAACCAAUUCUCUCUCGGUUGGUUUGCAAAUCCGAUAUUUGGUAAUGGAGAUUAUCCGGAUGUCAUGAAGUGGCAGGUCGGCAAUAAAAGUUUGGAACAAGGGCUUAACAAAUCCCGACUUCCGGUAUUUACGGAGGAGGAAAAACUAAUGUUGAAAGGAAGCGGCGAUUUCCUUGGUUAUAAUAUGUACACGUCAACGCGGGUGAAGAGCGGUGUAAAUAAUCUAACGUUGAAGGGAUUUGACUACGAUAUGGAUGUUCAUACAGAGCAAGAUCCCUCUUGGGAAGGAUCCGGAUCGGAAUGGUUAAAAGUGACGCCUUGGGGCAUGCGCGCUGGUCUCAACUGGAUUCGUAGACACUACGAAAACAUACCCGUCUAUGUUACAGAGAAUGGCGUGUCUGAUAACACAGGUGACAUUAACGAUCUGUGGCGAAUACGAUACUAUAGGGCGUAUAUCAAUGAGGUUCUUAAAGCAAUCCGGCUGGACGGAUGCGAUGUUAGAGGAUAUACGGCUUGGUCAUUCAUGGAUAAUUUCGAGUGGAUGCGGGGUUACUCGGAACACUUCGGAUUACAUUACGUCAAUUUCUCUGAUCCAAAUCGACCCCGAACCCCAAAAGCCUCGGCAGCGUUUUAUACGUCUAUAAUUGAAGACAAUGGCUUUCAUCGCGAGGGCCAUGAAGUGACGUCAUCGUCGCCACAGACAACAGUUUCACCUAAAGGACCAGAUGGAACACGUCAGCCUGGCAUCAAUGCCAGCAAUUUCAACAGUUACAAAGUGUCGCUUUUAUUAAUAUCAAUUGUUAUGUUCUAUAUUCUGACUAUUGUAUGAUAGAUGUAGACUCUUUGAGGUUCUUCGUGACAUAUAUUGUGUUGGAGUUGUUAGAUGACAAGGCAUUUUAUGUAAUAAGUAUUUUAUUCAAUGUGCAGUGAUGAAAUGUAAACCAAAUGUGUGUUGACCAUAGUUAUGCUUUUAUAAAUGACUUAAACAUAAUCAUUAUGAUCUGACUUAUAUUUAACAAUACAAAGAAUUAAGUUGAAUCGUGCAGUUCUUGAUUAAAGCGUUAUGUGACAAAUAUUCACGAAUAUAAUGGAGCAGAUGAAGUCAUUUUCGAGGAAAUAUUAAGUGUAAUAAAUAGUCAUUAUCUUUUUUUAAAAGCAUGGUAUGCACGAAAUGUGCGUUAACUAAACAUUUCAGCAGUACCUUUUUGUUUCUGAGAAUGGUGUUGUUAUUUUCUGAAAGUCGAAAAAUGUGUCCUGAUAUUGACAAUUGAAGGAGUAAAAUUUACGAACCGACAGUCAAGAAACUUUUUUUGACAUUCAGGACCUAAUGACACAGUUCACAACAACAAUAAGAUACCGAUUUAAAGGUUUUAAUUAUGUGCAUUCUGUCAUAUUCUAUUUGUUAAGUUAAUUCAAGAAUAUCAUAAAAAUGAUUAUUUUCUUCUCGAUUUUGAACGCACUUGUUCCAUUAUUUUUGUGAAUACUAGGGCUUGGUUUUCCAUCGUGUUUACAGGCCCCAAUUUCUCGAAACUUUUUAAGUUCCUUAUAACAGGAUAAGGUUAAUCUUACUAUUUUUGUUGUUCUAUAAAAUGUUUUAAAUCUACUUCUUCAAGAUUUUUUAGAAAUUAUGUAGGAAUAAUCUGUAUGAUUAUCAGAAUAAACCAUUUUUCAUUUAUCAAAAUCCAUUUUCAGUAUGUAUUUUUGGCUAACUGAAAUAAGCGACUUAAGCCUGUUAAGCUUAAGAAGUUUCGAGAAAUUAGGGCCUGGUCUGAAAGUCAAAAUGUAUCCAAAAUAUCAAAAUGGCACUUGGUAUCUCGGUUUGAUAGAGACUAUUCGUACUAACAGUGUACUAUUUUCGCACCCUAACACUUCAAAUAACCAUACUCUUAAGUAUCACUUGUUGUAUCAAUGGUUUAGAAUUACAUCAAGUAUCUUAGUCAUGACGGGUGUUCAGAAUAUACUCGAAUGACCUCUGUUAUAAAAUUGUGGUUCAUGCAUUGCUCUUAGAAAAAUGCAAAUUUCAGAAGAAGAAAAGGCCUUGUAUAUAGCCGAUUAUCAACGAUUGAAGACAUAAUUUCUUAAAUUGUCUGAUGUUAGAAUUCAAGUAAAGUCUAAUAAAUAACACAAACACACCUUCACCUUCAGUCCUUGCACUAUAUAUCUUGGAUCAGGCGAUUACCACGAACGUUGUUAUGGUUUUCGAAAUAAAUGUCAUAGUAUGUAUAUUAUAAAUAAUAAAUUAAAGGUCCAGUAGUUUUCAUGUAAUCAGUUAUAAAACUUCAAAAAUUUCUGAAAAAGCUAUUAUUGUGGUAAUUAAGUAA